AUGCCAGACGUCAAGCGCUACACCAUCAGCGAGCCCUAUCUCGAUCUAGGUUGUGGACUUGGAGAGGCCCCCUUCUGGGAGAAGGACAGAGACACAUUACGCUUCGUAGACAUUGUCAAGGAGAAGCUACAUACCGUCAAACUCUCCGAAGGCCCAUCCUCUCACAAACAGUGGAAUCUUAAGUACUCUAUUGGUACUACAGCCGACAUCGAAGGCAAUGAGACAGAGUUCAUGUUUGGCGGCAAGACCGGCUAUGGGCUAUUUAAUAAAAACACCGGUGAGCACCGGAUCAUCAAGGAGAUGUGGACCGAGGCCGAGCGACAAGACGACAACGGAGGAAAACCAGGCAAAGGCAAAAAUCUAGCAGAGCGCAUGCGGUCCAACGAUGGGGCUGUUGACAUCAAAGGUCGAUUCUACGUCGGAGCCAUGAAUGAUCCGGCAAUCGUGGGAAUGAACGCACUAGGCAUUAUAUUCCGACUUGAUCCAGAUCUGAGCAUCCAUCGAGUCAAGAAAGGUGUCACAAUUCCAAAUGGAACGUCCUGGGCACCAGACAACAAGACCAUGUACCUGACUGAUUCUCCCUCUGGUAAGAUUAUGGCAUACCCAUACAACCCGGAAACCGGAGAAUUUUCACCUGAAGGCAAAGCGUUCUUCACAUGCCCAUAUGAAGGCGGUGUGCCGGAUGGUCAUUGCCGGGACGAGGAGGGUCAUUUCUGGGUCGCCUGCUUCGGAACCAGCAAAGUAGUAAGAGUGAGCCCUCGAGGUGAAGUUGUCGCCGAAGUAAAACUUCCGACAAGGUGUGUGACUUGUCCUGAACUGUGCGGCACCCAGCUUUUCAUCACCACAGCGGCGGAGGAGGAGCCGGAGAAAUAUCCCUGGAGCACUAAAUACCAGGGCGCCCUCUUCAUGAUCGAUGUGGGUGUGAGAGGAUUGCCGAGGAACAAGUUCACUGGCAGGGUGUAA